AUGGAUGGAACCAAUGAGAGCAGCCAGGGAAAUUUCAUCCUUUUGGGAUUUUCUGAUCGGCCCCAUCUGGAGAGAAUCCUCUUCGUGGUUAUCUUGAUCGCAUACCUCCUGACCCUUGUGGGCAACACCACCAUCAUCCUGGUGUCUCGGCUGGAUCCUCACCUCCACACUCCCAUGUACUUCUUCCUCACCCAUCUCUCCUUCCUGGACCUUAGUUUCACCACCAGCUCCAUCCCUCAGCUUCUGUAUAACCUGAGUGGAAGUGACAAGACCAUCAGCUACACAGGCUGUGCCAUCCAGCUUUUCCUAUUCCUGGGUCUGGGUGGUGUGGAAUGUCUACUCCUGGCAGUCAUGGCAUAUGACCGGUUUGUUGCAGUUUGCAAGCCCCUGCACUACAUGGUGAUCAUGAAUCCCCGGCUUUGCCUAGGUUUGGUGUUGAUAGCCUGGGGCUGUGGUGUGGCCAACUCCUUGGCCAUGUCCCCAGUCACCCUACGCUUACACCGCUGUGGGCGUCACAGUGUGGAUCACUUCCUGUGUGAAAUGCCUGCCCUGAUACGAAUGGCCUGUGUGAAUACAGCUGCCAUUGAGGGCACUGUCUUUGUAUUGGCAGUGGGCAUUGUACUCUCACCCCUUGUGUUUAUCCUGGUCUCUUAUGGUUACAUCGUGAGGGCUGUGUUACAAAUUCAGUCAGCGUCAGGCAGGCAAAAGGCCUUCAACACCUGUGGCUCCCAUCUCACAGUGGUCUCACUUUUCUAUGGAAACAUCAUUUACAUGUACAUGCAACCUGGAAACAGCUCCUCCCAGGAUCAAGGCAAGUUCCUCACCCUCUUCUACAACAUUGUCACCCCACUCCUGAAUCCCCUGAUUUACACCCUCAGAAACAAAGAGGUGAAGGGGGCAUUGAGGAGGUUGUUGCUACAUGACAGAGAGAAGAAAGAAGUAAGAGUGAAAGGCCCAGACGGGCAUCUCUAG